CCUGCAUAACAUCUUAUACCAAACUCAGAUAUUUCUACAGUGUUGCACUGAUCACCAUUCUUCAUAAUUCGAAUCUUGUCUUGUGAAGCACAUCAUGAUGCAGCAGAUAUUGGUCUUCGUCAUCUUAGUAGUCACCCUCCAGAUGGUAGCAGGAAGGGCUCGACUUGCACCCCUCUACAAAUCAGAAGAUGCCAUCAAAGGGGACUAUAUUGUCGUACUAAAGAAUGACGUGGACCAGGAUGCUAUCUCAGAUUCCCUGAUCCGUACUGCUAGGACCCAGGGCGAAACCUUGAUCGUAAGAAAGAGACUUCGUAAGCUCAUCAACGCGUUCGUCGCGAACCUUCCCGCCAGGGCCCUCCGACUGGUACGCUCCCAUGAAGCAGUGCGUUAUGUUGAGCAGGAUAGUUUGGUAUACGCAGAUACUACUACAUGGGGUUUAGACAGGCUUGAUCAGAGGGACCUACCUCUAGAUGACUCGUACAUGCCAGUCGGUGAUGGUGGAGCUGGAGUGAACGUCUAUGUCCUUGACACUGGUAUCAGGACCACGCAUGAAGAGUUCGAAGACAGGGCUUUCAUUGCUUACGACGCCAUGCAGUACGCCAUCGGGGCGGACGGAGACUGCCGAGGACACGGCACUCAUUGCGCCAGCACCAUUGGGGGAAAGGCGUACGGUGUAGCCCCUAAGGCCAAGCUGUUCUCCGUACGGGUGCUAGGAUGCGAAGGUUCGGGAUCGAAGGGAGGAGUCAUGGCAGGCAUGGAUUGGGUAGCAGAGAAUGGUGAGCGUCCAGCUAUCGUAUCUAUGUCUCUCGGAGGUAGUGGAUCUUAUGCUGAAGAUGAAGUCUUGACAAAUCUCGACGCGUCUGGGGUACUUGUGGUCGUAGCGGCUGGCAACAGCGACUACGAAGCCUGCCGACGAUCGCCAGCGAGGUCACGUGAGGCCCUCACUGUCGGUGCUUCUGAAAUCGACGACGCACGUGCAUACUUUUCUAACUGGGGUGGGUGUGUCGACCUCUUUGCUCCUGGUCGUUACAUCACAGCAGCAUCGUGGCUUGGAGAUGAUCUCUAUCGGUCAAUCAGCGGCACCAGCAUGGCUACGCCCCAUGUUGCAGGAGUUGCAGCCGUUCACCUUGGGGUCAACCCGAAUUAUUCAACGAGAGAACUCCGUGAUAUCAUCAUGAACUCAGCAGCAAGGAAUAAGAUUGGUGACCCCCACGGUGCCCCCGAUCUACUUCUUCAAAUCCCGAGAGCCUAAUUGAUUGAUCAAGAAAUAGAAAAAGCCUUCAAAGCCUUCAAAUCCCAUGUAACUUGAGAAAUACAUGGAUGCUGUGAAAUAACCCCUUCAUGAAAUGAGAGUAGAUUUCAGAUUAAGUACGCAGAUAGACGCAUAAUUUAUAAUAAUAACAAUUAUUAUCACAAUAAGAAAAAUAAUGCGAAAGCAUUGGCACUAUGGAAUCAUGGAUAAAAAUGACAAUGCGCUCUUUUAAUUAAAGCAAGAUAGAGAUACAUCUUACAUGGUACAAUUAAACUAUCAUGAGUUUAUAGUUUGGAGCUUUUGGGAUAUUAAGUAAUUUGAUUAUACACGUAACAGUAACCUUAAAAUAGGCUAGUCCAUGAAUAGCUCGAUAUAUUGUUCACAUACCAUUACAGGUCUACAGCUUUUCGGGGGUUAAAAGGUAGUUCAUUCAUGUUUGUGUGUACUUUGCAGGAUAUCAUGUUUGUGUAAAACGAAUGAACAUUAUAGUGACGUUUGUAUUUAGGACUACCAACACAAUCAAUAAUUGGAUCGCUAUAAAAACUAGCAAAAUAAAUUACAUGUAUAACAAUUCA